AUUUGGUUAACAUGUUGAAUGAGUUAAGAUUUGGAACUGUGACAGGUGAAACAAAGAAAAUUAUGAAAUCACUAGAGAAAGAACGUGUAUAUCCUGAUGAUGGUAUUGCUGUUUCUGAAUUAUAUCCGUGUAAUAAAAGCGUCGAUGAAAUUAAUCUUCGAAAAUUAGAAGAAAUCCCACACAAAAAAUAUGAAUACUUGGCCAGUGACUCAAAAUCAAGUAAAAAACAAGAAAUUUUAUUCGGGUGA